AUGUUCUGGGUAGACCUGCGAAGUGUAGAGGCAGCAGGAAGAGGAAUGAUGGAAUUAGACGGUGGUGAAGUGGGAGAAGGAGAGGAUGUAUUAGGACAAUCAGCGGAAACAGCAAGAGGGUUAAGGGUUGAAGGAGAAGGAGAUAUGGGAUUUAGAAAAUUAGAAGGAGGUGCAAACGGAAGAGAGAAAAUAGGGAGAGAUGGGGCUGUGGAAGAAGGAGAGAGAGAUUCAAGCUUUGCAAUUAAUUGUGCCGGUCAAACAAUUACAUCUCACGAUAUUAUGUAUGAGAGUGACAAUGAGCCUCUUGGUCCAACUACAUACUAUUUGACAGACACAAGUAGAUGGGGAGUUAGUAAUGUUGGAUACUUUAAGAAACAGCUUGUCGGCAUGGAUGUUAGACCAUACAAUUUCAGUUAUGUGGAACUAAAGAUUGCUACAGAAGACUUCCAUUCUGCAAAUAAGCUUGGACAAGGAGGAAAUGGACCAAUUUAUAAGGGAACACUAAGUGAUGGAAGAGUAAUUGCUGUGAAACAAUUAUCUAUAGCAUCCGACCAAGGGAAGAGCCAGUUUGCUGCAGAAAUUGCUACCAUAUCUGCUAUGCAGCACCCAAGAGAUCUAGCUUAUCUUCGUGAGGAAUCAAGGCUUCGAGUAAUACAUAGAGACGUGAAAGCCAAUAAUAUUUUGCUUGAUCAUAAUCUCAUCCCAAAAAUAUCAGAUUUUGGUUUGGCCAGACUUUAUGGCGAUAAGAAGACUCACAUAAGCACUCAUGUUGCAAGGACAAUGCUUGGCACCUAUACAAGAACAGUCGCCAACUCGAGUGGUGAAUUCAAAAUUGCCAGAAUUCGACGAGGCAGAAGUAAAAGGCCUGAUAGGAGUAGCUUUUGUGUACUCAACAUUGCCCUCCUCGAGCCAUCAAUGUCUUGUGUGAUUGCUAUGCUUUGUGGAGAUAUGGAGUGA